AUGGCGCCGUCAACCCAGUCCGUACAAUGCUUCGGCCGGAAGAAAACUGCCGUCGCCGUGACCCACUGCAAGAGUGGCCGCGGAUUAAUCAAAGUCAAUGGAGUCCCAAUCGAGCUAGUCCAGCCGGAGAUCCUCCGUUACAAGGCGUUCGAGCCUAUUCUCCUCCUUGGUCGCCACCGCUUUGCCGGAGUCGACAUGCGUAUCCGCGUCAAGGGCGGUGGUCACACGUCCCAAAUAUACGCAAUCCGUCAGUCCAUUGCUAAGGCCCUAGUAGCGUUCUACCAGAAGUACGUUGAUGAACAGUCCAAGAAGGAGAUCAAGGAUAUUCUGGUAAGGUACGAUAGGACCCUUCUGGUUGCUGAUCCUAGGCGCUGUGAGCCGAAGAAGUUUGGUGGUCGUGGUGCUCGUGCUAGAUUCCAGAAGUCUUACCGUUGA